CCGGCCCCUCUGACGCCGGAGCGGGGACAGAGCAGCCGCGCUCGCGCCGGCCGCCGCCAUCGAUUGAAGGAUGCGGCGCUUCGACAGGCUGAAGAACUCGCUGCCCUUCCUCUCGCGCUUCCGCUCCUACAGAAAGCUGGGCAGUAGCAUGCAGUCGGACGAGGGGACGGAAUGGCUCCUGGAGCUGCUGAUGGAGGUCCAGCUGCAGCAGUACUUCCUGCGUAUCCGCGACGACCUCAACGUCACCCGCCUCUCGCACUUCGACUACGUCAAGAGCGAGGACCUGGAGAAGAUCGGGAUGGGGGGCCCGGGGCAGCGUCGGCUGUGGGAGGCGGUCAAGAGGCGGAAGGCCCUGUGCAAGCGCAAGUCCUGGAUGAGCAAGGUGUUCAGCGGUAAGAGGCUCGAGGCAGACUUCCAGCCCCAGCCCGCCUCCACCUUCCGCAAGCCGUCCCCCACCCCGCCCCCCGGGGAGGGCCAGCAGCAGGCCCUCACCUGCCUGAUCAGCGACAAGGACCUGGUGCUCCUGGAGAAGCUGGGCGACGGCUCCUUCGGCGUGGUCAAGCGCGGGGAGUGGUUCACCCCCUCCGGGAAAGUGCUCAACGUGGCCGUCAAGUGUCUGAAGACGGACGUGCUGAACCAGCCGGACGCCCUGGCCGACUUCAACCGGGAGGUGAACGCCAUGCACUCGCUGGACCACCAGAACCUGAUCCGGCUCUACGGCGUCGUCCUCACGCACCCCAUGAAGAUGGUGACGGAGCUGGCUCCCCUGGGCUCCAUGUUGGACCGCCUGCGGAAGAACCAGGGCCACUUCCUGAUCUCCACGCUGUGCCAGUACGCCAUCCAGAUCGCCAACGGCAUGGCCUACCUGGAGUCCAAGCGCUUCAUCCACCGCGACCUGGCCGCCCGCAACAUCCUGCUGGCCUCCGGCGAGCUGGUGAAGAUCGGCGACUUCGGCCUCAUGCGGGCGCUGCCCAAGAACGACGACCACUACGUCAUGCAGGAGCACCGUAAGGUCCCCUUCGCCUGGUGUGCUCCUGAGAGUCUGAAGACGCGCACCUUCUCUCACGCCACCGACACCUGGAUGUUCGGCGUGACGCUGUGGGAGAUGUGCACCUACGGCCAGGAGCCCUGGCUGGGGCUCAACGGCAGCCAGAUCCUCCACAAGAUCGAUAAGGAAGGGGAGCGCUUGCCCAAGCCGGAGGACUGUCCUCAGGACAUCUACAACGUGAUGCUGCAGUGCUGGGCCCAGAAGCCCGACGACCGGCCCACCUUCGUGGCGCUGCGCGAGUUUCUGGUGGAGACCAUGCCGACGGACAUGAGGGCCCUGCAGGACUUCGACGAGCCGGACAAGCUGCUGAUCCACAUGAGCGACGUCAUCACCAUCAUCGAGGGCAGGGCGGAGAACUACUGGUGGCGGGGGCAGAACAAGAGCACGCUGAAGGUGGGCCAGUUCCCGCGCCACGCCGUGACCUCGGUGGCCGGCCUCUCGGCCCACGACAUCAGCCGGCCGCUCAAGAACAGCUUCAUCCACACGGGCCACGGCGACACCAACCCCCGCCGCUGCUGGGGCUUCCCCGACAAGAUCGACGACCUGUACCUGGGGAACCCCAUGGACCCCCCGGACAUCCUGGGACUGGACUUCAAGGCUGCUCGCCCCACACAGCUCCCAGGACGGGCCAAAAAGGAGCCGCCUCCUCGGCCGCCCCAGCCGGCCCUGCUGGUCCAGAAGCCGUGCUAUGACCCGGUGACUGAGGAUGAGGAGCAGAGCGCGUCGGGGCUGAAGCGGCUGUCUCUGAAGAGGCCGGGGUCGGUGAAGGGGCUCAAGCUGAGGCCGGCCGCCUGGGUCUCGGCCACCCGGCCGGCCUACGGGAGCCGCAGCGCGGGCAGCACCCCCAGCGAGGUGUCCCUCAUCGACUUCGGGGAGGAGUUCCCCUCGGCCACGCCCUCCCCCUCCCCCGUGGUGGAGACGCGGGUCCCCUCUCUGGCCAGGCUGGCCCUGGAGGCGGAGUCCAUCCUGGACACGACUCCGCCCCAGAGCCCCUCCCGGACCCUGCCCCGCCCCCUGCACCCCACCCCCGUGGUGGACUGGGACGCCCGGCCCCUGCCCCCGCCCCCGGCCUACGACGACGUGGCCCAGGACGAGGAGGACGUGGAGGUGAGCUCCAUCAACAGCGGCGAGCGGCAGGGCGCCACCUACGCGCCCGUGGCGGAGGAGGGGGAGGGGCCUCGGGAGGGGUGGGAGGGGCCACGGGAGGGGUGGGAGGGGCCACAGGAGGGGUGGGAGGGGCCCGGCCCCGGGGAGGGGGGGAAGCCCCGCGUGGAAGACAACCUCUUCCUCCCCAACCGGCCCGGCCAGAACAGCAGCUUCUCCCAGUCGGCGGAGAUCUUCCAGGAGCUGCAGCAGGAGUGCAUGCGCAGGCUCCACGUCCCCCAGCGCUCGCCCCUCCCCCCGUCGCCCAGCCCCCCCGGCCCGGACGGCCCCCACCGCCAGAUCCUGCUCCCCUCCCCCUCCUCCUCCUCCGAGGACAAGCCCCAGAUCCCGCCGCGCGUGCCCAUCCCGCCCCGCCCCGUCAGACGCAACGACUACGCCCGCCGCUCCGGGGACCUGUCCCCCGCCCCCCCGGCGGGGGAGGGCGACGGCCGAGACCGGCCCCCUCAGAUCCCUCCCCGGGACCCCCUGUCCCAGCCCACCUCCCGCACCCCCAGCCCCAUGACUCUCCUGGUGGGGUCCCCCCCGCAGCGGGCCAACCUGACCUGCUCCGCCCCCCCGGGGCCCCACCUCCUCUCCACCUCGCCCAUGCCCACCACCCAGAGCUUCGCGUCCGACCCCAAGUACGCCACGCCCAAAGUGAUCCAGGCCCAGGCCCGGGAGUGCGCCCGGGCGCCCUGCAUCCUGCCCAUCGUCCGCGACGGCAGGAAGGUGAGCAGCACGCACUACUACCUCCUGCCCGAGCGCCCGCCCUACCUGGACCGCUACGACCGCUUCUUCAGGGAGGCGGAGGCCGGCGGGGACGACCGGCGGGCCGCCAACACCGCCACCGUGCGGCCCAUGGUGCUCCAGCCCCAGCCCCAGCCCCAGCCCGGCCAGCUCAAGGCCAACUUCUCCUCCAACAACAACAGCACCCUGGCCCCCGGGGCCGGCCUGCCCAGGGCCCCCGCCGGUCUGCUCGGCGUGCCCAGGCCGGGCGGGGAGGGGCAGCCGGGGAGGCCCGACGGGCUCGGCACCGCCGACCGGGUCAAGCUGGUGCAGGAGGCGGUCCACGGCGUGACCAUAGAGGAGUGCCAGGCGGCCCUGCAGAACCACAGCUGGAACGUGCAGAGGGCAGUGCACUAUCUGAAGGUAGAGCAGCUGUUCUGCCUGGGACUGAAGACCAGGGUGGAGUGUCUUAAGAUUCUGGAGAUGUACGACUGGAACCUGGAGCUGGCCAGCACCCAGCUGCUGGACUCCUACGGCUCCGUCAGGCAAAGGCGUUGACGGACGCCACGCGGACGCCGAGUCCUCGGGGUCCCGGCCCGACGCGGGAGAGGCCCGGAGCCAGCGCCCGCACCCGUUGCCGCGGGCGCGCACGCGUCGCCGCCCACCACGGGGAGAGAGAGUCCCACCCAGAACUGCGCUCGCUCCCGUACCCGAGGCAGACCCGCCGUAGCGUGGGGCCCGCUGACCGCGGGGUCUGCAGUGGCCCCCCCGUAGCGCGCGCUCGCCUGUACGGACAGCACCCCCCCCCCCCGUCCGCCGUCCUCCACGGAGCUCUGCUGCGUUUCGACAGGGGGUCAAAGUUCAGCCGGCCCAGUAUUCAGAGUCUUGACGGGAAGCCUGUUGCUGUUCCGCGCCUCGCCAGUCUCCUCCUCCUUUUAUACAGAGUUCUAUACGACACACAGAGGAGAGGAAUAUGUGUUUCUUUCUUUGCAUUUAUAUAUUUGCAUCAAAUAUGUCUCGUCUUCAUUUGAAACGUUUUGUGGUUGUUUUUUGUGCGGUCUGUGCGCAGAGGACAUUUUGGCAAGGGUUGGAUUGAAGAAGUUCAAUUAAAGUUUUCUCUCCUUGUUCUCCAAAUAUACAAAACCCCAUUUUAAGAGAUCCCGAUGCAGAUUCCUUUCACGCGGCACAACCACGGUGACUUUGUGAGAGACCCAAAGGGGCCGGGGGGGUUCUGUGUCCUGUCUGUCCUAACUGGCCUCCGUCCUCUCCAGGCUCUUUUCUGUGACUGCUCAGUCCUUUCUCUGUGAUUUCUCGGUGAUUUCGCUGUGAUUUCACUGCGCUUUCUCGGCCCUUUCUCUGUGAUUUCUCGGUGAUUUCACUGCGCUUUCUCAGCCCUUUCUCUGUGAUUUCACUGUGAUUUCACUGCGCUUUCUCAGUCCUUUCUCUGUGAUUUCUCGGUGAUUUCACUGCGCUUUCUCAGACCUCUCUCUCUGAUUUCUCAGUCCUCCGCCUCGCUCGCUUCUCAGUGGUUUCUCUCUUUCAGCAACGGUUUCAUUGGACGCCAUUGUGUCCAUGUAGCAUACGAGGUUAACUCCCCGUAUGCUAAAGACAUGAGAACAGUGGACGAUACACUUACUGAAAUGUAAUGUGUGUCAACACAGGA